UAGCUCGAUGUCAGGAACCUUGACCCUAGAUGUGUUCAGUCGUCAGGUCCUCAUUUUGUACUUAGUCUGUGCAAGGCUUAAAUGUGUUUCAGAUGACGUCCCAACAUGGUAUGACCCAACAAGAGUAGAGUGUGUGUGUGUUACGAGGUCCUCAUAUUGUUGGGUAGCAGAUAUUUUAGUUUUAACUAUUUCUAUAGAUCCUUACAUAAAAACGCCCAGAUCCACGUUUGAAUUAUUUUCCUUGCAACUGUGGUCCCUACAUGCAUAGUCAAUGCAGCAAAGUAUAAUAUAUCCUAAUUCCACGUUUAAGUCCUGUGUUUAUACAAAAUAAUAUUUAUUGUUCAUCAUUUCAUUCAAGGCAAGCAAGUCCUCUGGAACUGUCCCCUUCCACCAGUGUCCUACUGCAGAGCAGGUAAGAACGCUGCAUUCUGGUCAUAAGUUCAAAUAGUUCAUAUUUUCACACCUUGGGGUAAUUAUGAUGUGAGGAAACAUUCUAGAGUUUCAAGUAAGUAUUUUCCUUUUGAUUUGUAAAGCUUAGAAAAAUCUGCCGUCUAAAAAAUCUGAAGCGCCAUCAUGGUCGUUGUGAAGAUCGUUACCAGGAGGCUCAAAAAGAGAUAGCCAAGAGAUCUUUGAUUCAGGUCACCAGAAUUAAUUAUUCGACCUCCACUGACUUAUUUGAGGAAUCUUCGGAUGCUACGGACUUUGAUGAUGCUGACUAUGUUCCAGCCUCAUGUGGCAAUUCCUCGGAUGCUUCAAUUAUAAGUACUGCUAGUCAAGAACUCAAAAUCAUGAAGGGGGAUGGUGCCACCAGUUCAGAGGUACCUAGAACAUUGAGUUCUUCAAAGAUGAGCAGCAAUCAUUGUGCUUCAGUGAUAAGCUGCAGUGCCAAUUCAUUAAAGAAACCAUCACAGCAGAAAAGCUCCAUAAAUGUCACACCAUUGCCAAUAAAAGCAAAAGGAAGCAAGUACAACAAGAAGCAAUUUUGUCUUUAUUGUAAAAAGGCCAUUUCUAAAUUGGCAAGACAUCUUGAAUCCGUGCACAGUGAAGAGCCUGAUGUUGCAAUGGCUUUCAGUUUUGAUAAAAGAUCCCGCAAAAGAAGCGAGUUGUUACGCUCUAUUAAGAAGAGAGGAAACUUUGACCAUAAUGCUGAAGUGGCAAGCUGUGGCACUGGAGAGAUGGUUGCUUGUAGAAGACCCAGUACUGCAAAACAAUCUGAUGACUUCCGUCACUGCAAAUUUUGCGAAGGACUGUAUGCAAGAAACUCUUUAUGGAGACAUGUGAGAAACUGCCCGAAAAAGACUGUUGAGGAAGAGCCUCAAGUUGGCCGAAAAAGGAUUCAAAUGCACUUACCAAGACCUGACUCAGUUAAGGAAACUGUUUGGAAGAUUGCUUGUGAAAUGAACCAGGAUGACGUUUCUUCGGUUGUAAGGAGUGAAACUGUGAUCCUUUGUAUCGGCGAGUCACUGUUCAAUUCCAGGAAACCGUAUGAAAGAAGGAAUGACUACAUACGCCAAAAAAUGAGAGAGAUGGCAAGACUAUUGAUAACGGCAAGAGCUAUAACACCUUUGAAGAGCACCGAAGACCUUGUUAUGCCUUGUAACUUUCCGCAUGUGAUACAGGCAGUUAGAUCUGUUGCUGGUUAUGAUGUCGAAAGCAACUCAUAUAAAAUCCCAUCAUUGGCUUUGAAAUUGGGACACAGUUUAGCCAAAGUUGCAGGCAUUGUGCAAUGCAAUGCCAUCAUUGCAAAUUGCCCUGCCGUUGCGGAAGGAUGUGUCGGUGCUGCACAAGUUUCUUGCUGCUGA